AACCGUAGAGAAAGCAUAGAUAUCAACGACGGCUCCACAAGAAACCCUAGAAAGCAGGAAUACAGAGAGAAAGACACAGGGAGUUUGUUUACAUUCUCUGUUUCUUAAGUUCUGUUACAUUAUUUUCUUCUUAUUACUUUCGGAAAAAAAGAAAAAAAAAAAGAAAAAGACAUAGAGAGAAGAUGGUUGAUGGUGUGACUCCUCCGCUACUGAUAACAGAGACAAACACGACGAUGAUGCGUGUUAAGGGAGAAGUGAAGAAACAGCUAUGGCUUUCUGCGCCUCUCAUUGGUGUAAGCCUCCUUCAAUACUCUCUCCAAGUCAUCUCCGUCAUGUUCGUUGGCCAUCUCGGCUCUCUUCCCCUCUCCGCCGCCUCCAUCGCCACCUCCUUUGCCUCCGUCACCGGUUUCACAUUCCUCUUGGGAACAGCGAGUGCCUUGGAGACACUAUGUGGCCAAGCGUACGGAGCAAAACUGUACGGGAAGCUAGGCAUUCAGAUGCAAAGAGCAAUGUUUGUUCUUCUACUACUCUCUGUUCCUCUCUCGAUCGUUUGGUUUAACACAGAACAUAUACUCGUGCUUGUUCACCAAAACAAAGACAUUUCAAGUGUUGCUGGCUCGUACGCGAGGUACAUGAUCCCUAGUCUCUUCGCGUACGGACUGCUUCAGUGUAUCAACAGGUUCUUGCAAGCGCAGAACAAUGUGUUCCCUGUGUUUGUCUGCUCUGGGAUCACCACUUGUCUGCACUUGCUACUUUGUUGGUUGUUUGUGUUGAAGACGAGUUUAGGAUACAGAGGAGCUGCUCUGGCGAUUUCGAUCUCUUACUGGUUUAAUGUCAUUCUCUUAUCUCUCUACGUCAAGUUCUCAGCUUCUUGCUCGCAUAGCUGGACAGGGUUUUCAAAAGAGGCGUUUCAAGAAAUUUAUGACUUUUCUAAGAUUGCUUUUCCUUCAGCAGUCAUGGUCUGUUUGGAGCUAUGGUCCUUUGAGCUUUUGGUUCUAGCAUCAGGGCUUCUUCCUAACCCGGUUUUAGAAACUUCUGUUCUUUCAAUCUGUCUAAACACUUCACUAACAAUCUGGCAAGUCUCAGUUGGUCUUGGUGGUGCUGCAAGUAUAAGAGUCUCGAACGAGUUAGGAGCAGGGAACCCACAAGUGGCAAAGCUGGCUGUGUACGUCAUUGUAGGUAUAGCAGUAGCCGAGGGUAUAGUGGUCGUGACUGUUUUGCUGUCGGUUCGGAAGGUUCUAGGUCGAGCUUUUAGCAGUGACCCGAAAAUCAUCGCAUAUGCCGCGUCCAUGAUACCCAUUGUGGCCUGUGGAAACUUCCUAGAUGGUCUCCAAUGCGUUCUCUCAGGGGUUGCUAGAGGAUGUGGAUGGCAGAAAAUAGGAGCGUGCAUAAAUCUGGGAUCGUAUUAUCUUGUAGGAGUUCCGUUAGGUUUAGUGCUUGGUUUCCAUUUCCACAUCGGUGGUCGGGGGCUUUGGCUUGGAAUUGUGACAGCACUAGCUGUUCAAGUGUUGGGUCUUUCCUUGGUCACUAUAUUCACAAACUGGGAUAAAGAGGCAAAGAAAGCUACAAACAGAGUUGGAGACAAAGAUGACAAAGAUGUCAUUCCAAAAUGAGGAAAAGCAUUGGAUUUGCAAAUGGGCAUAACUCAACACGUUAAUGAAUAACAAGUAUGUUGAUUCUUCUAGAAUAAUUUAUGAGACAAGUCCAUAUUUGCGGUAGCCGCGUACUUCGAGCGCAGUUUGAAAAAUGGAAUAUUGUGAAUGAGGGUCUAACUUUCUCAUAGAACCAUUGUAAAGAGCAAGUCUUUCUCUACUCGCAAGAGACAACAAAAAGUAAUAAGAACGUUUACGCAAUGGCUUAUCA